CCUCAUUCACAUGCUAAUAAGCCCCUAUAAAUACUAACAACAGCCCCUCGACUCCAGCACCACGUCUCAUUUGGACUGCACAAUAAACACAGGGCGCCUCGCCCCCCUUUUUUUUCUUGCUGUAACCGGUUCCGUUUGCCAGCUGCUCCUCACCGCCGCCGGAGCAGAACCACUGCAACACCCGCAGGAGACUCAUCAUGGCCCCCGCGGCUCGGCCCAGCAGCACCGGACCGGAGGAGGACGAGGGCUACUAUGGCGUCCAGAAGAGCGACAGAAAGAUUCGGAAGCCGCUGGUGGAGAAGAAGCGCAGAGCCCGGAUCAACGAGAGCCUGCAGGAGCUGCGGACUCUGCUGGCGGACACUGACUUCCAUUCCAAAAUGGAGAACGCGGAGGUGCUGGAGAUGACAGUGAAGAAGGUGGAGGACAUCCUGAAAAACCGCUCUCAAGAGAGCGACACACUGAGUCAUGAAGCCAGCGAACGCUUCGCUGCCGGCUACAUCCAGUGCAUGCACGAGGUCCACAUGUUCGUCUCCAGCUGCCCCGGGAUCGACGCCACAGUCGCGGCCGAGCUCCUCAACCACCUCCUGGAGUGCAUGCCCCUGAACGACGACCACCUCCAGGAUGUUCUGAUGGAUCUGGUGGCAGAGCCUCAGGGCAGCAGCUGGCACGGAGAGGGCGGCGAGAGUCUCUGCGGGAGUCUGGCGUCACCCGGAGGGAGGAGCGCAUCGUCUUCCGCCCUCUCCCCGGCCCCGUCCACCACCUCCAGCGAGGACCUCUGCUCCGACCUGGAUGAGACCGACAGCGAGCACAACCAGAGCUCCACGGAUGUUAUGGAGAGCAGGGAGAUUCUCGGCAUGCCCACCAUCACCUACCCGUCUCGGUCCAUGUGGAGACCCUGGUAGUGGUCCAGCUUCUCCUCACAAACACUUGACUUUGGGCUCAUUCAACACCUUUGGAUCCAGCUGUGGAUAACAUGAUCCAGCUUCAAUAGCCGCUCUGGAUUUUUCUCUUCUCGCCCUGCGACCCUGAGUGCUGGCCUCUGGGAAGACAGCCUCACUGACACAACAUGGAUAUGGAGAAAACAGUUGGAUUCAAACACAAACUGCUGUGCAUCCUCCCCAGAGCGAUCUGUCGUGUAAAUAGAAUUUGUACGAAGAGCUCUUGUUACUGAAGUGUGCUGUGUUUACCUGAGAAAAAUCACGUGACUCAUCAUUUGGACAAAAAUCAAAGUGAAAUAUCAAAUUUUUACUCAUUUGUUUGGAAUAAUGUAAUUGAGCUACAUAUUUAACACAAUAGCUGAGAAAUUAUCAUAUUUAUUGAGCAUAUUAAUUGUGAUAAUUGAGUAAAAUAUUCAUAAAUCAUGUCUGUCAGACACAAAAUUGUGACCUUUAUUUCAUGUUUUUGUGAGUCUUCUGCUCAAACAGUAUCGGCAGAACAUUCAUUCACAAUGUCCAACGUUCCUUAAAACACAAUGAGUAUUAGCUUACUAUAAUCACAACUGUCUCACUGAUGUUUUUCUUGAGUAAAUGCUGAUGCUUCUGUACAUUUUAGAAACUGUUUGAAUAAUAUAAAUAUUUUUAAUCUAUUUGAUGUAAACCUUGUAGAUUACUUGUAGUUUCUGAUGUUUGGUGUUUAGAUUUGCCAGGAAACGUUUCUGAAUAAAGUAUUGUA